UCACGGUGCUCGCAGCACGAAGCUCCGGGCCCCGCCCUUUCCCGAGCCCGGAGCCCCUCCCCUCUACGUGCUCGCGGCUCGGAGGAUAGGGAUCCCGGUACAGCUGCGGACUCGUGCUCACUGCGCCCGGGCCCGGUGUCUUCCCGGCUCGGCCCGCCCCGCCGGUUCGGGACUUCGCAGCCGGGUGGACCCCGUAAAAGGAGGCGGCGCGGGGGCGUGCAGGGCGGGGGAGGCGUGGCCGGGCGAGGGCUGGACCGGGAGCUGCACGGCCCGCCGCCACUGUUCGGCUGCCUCCUGCCCGGCAGGCGGCGCGGAGCCGCGGGCCCAGACCAUGUCGCCUGAAGAAUGGACGUAUCUAGUGGUUCUUCUUAUCUCCAUCCCCAUCGGCUUCCUCUUUAAGAAAGCUGGACCUGGGCUGAAGCGAUGGGGGGCAGCUGCCGUGGGCCUGGGGCUCACCUUGUUCACCUGCGGCCCCCACACUUUGCAUUCCCUGAUCACUGUCCUUGGGACCUGGGCCCUCAUUCAGGCCCAUCCCUGCUCCUGCCAUGCCCUGGCCCUGGCCUGGACCUUCUCCUACCUCCUGUUCUUCCGCGCGCUGGGCCUGCUGGGCUUGCCCACCCCCACGCCUUUCACCAACGCGGUCCAGCUGCUGCUGACAUUGAAGCUCGUGAGCCUGGCCAGUGAAGUUCAGGACCUGCACCAGGCCCAGAGGAAGGAGAUCGCCUUGGGCUUCCGCACUCCGCCCAGCCUGGGCAUGAUCCCCGACAUCCCGUCGCUCCUGGAGACACUCAGCUACAGCUACUGCUAUGUGGGCAUCAUGACGGGCCCGUUCUUCCGCUACCGCACCUACCUGGACUGGCUGGAGCAGCCGUUCCCCGAGGCCGUGCCCAGCCUGCGGCCCCUGCUCCGCCGGGCCUGGCCAGCGCCCCUCUUCGGCCUGCUCUUCCUGCUGUCUUCCCACCUCUUCCCACUGGAGGCCGUGCGUGAGGAUGCCUUCUACGCCCGCCCACUGCCAGCCCGCCUCUUCUACAUGAUCCCCGUGUUCUUCGCCUUCCGCAUGCGCUUCUACGUGGCCUGGAUUGCAGCCGAGUGCGGCUGCAUUGCCGCGGGCUUCGGGGCCUACCCCGUGGCCGCCAAAGCCCGGGCCGGGGGCGGCCCCACCCUCCAAUGCCCACCCCCCAGCAGUCCGGAGAAAGCGGCCUCCCUGGAGUACGACUAUGAGACCAUCCGCAACAUCGAUUGCUACGGCACAGACUUCUGUGUGCGGGUGCGGGACGGCAUGCGCUACUGGAACAUGACUGUGCAAUGGUGGCUGGCCCAGUAUAUCUACAAGAGCUCGCCCUUCCGCUCCUACGUCCUCAGGAGCGCCUGGACCAUGCUGCUGAGCGCCUACUGGCACGGCCUGCACCCCGGCUACUACCUGAGCUUCCUGACCAUUCCGCUGUGCCUGGCAGCCGAGGGCCGUGUGGAGUCGGCACUGCGGGGCCGCCUGGGGCCCAGAGGCCAGCAGGCCUGGGACUGGGUGCACUGGUUCCUGAAGAUGCGCGCCUACGACUACAUGUGCAUGGGCUUCGUGCUGCUCUCGCUGGGCGACACGCUGCGCUACUGGGCCUCCAUCUACUACUGUAUCCACGUGCUGGCCGUGGUGGUGCUAGGGCUGGGCUUGGCGCUGGGCGGGGGCGGUCCCGGCCGGCGGAAGGCCUCGUCCCUCGCCACAGGCCCUGCCCCUGCCCCGGAGAAGCUCCGGGAGGAGUGAGCUGCCGCCCUGCCCCAGCUUCUGUGCCCGGGCCUUGAGGUCCCCUUUUCCCAGCUCAGCCCUUGCCCGGCGGUCCUGGGGCCUGGCCACCACCCAGAAGGUUCCUGAAUAACAUGGUUUUGCCUCCUGUCGCACUGGGACUACCUGUGAGAACAUC